AAAUUGCUCAAAAUACGGGCUGUAAAAGUUUGUUGGAAUUGUUCGAAUGGGCGUUGCCCUGACCCAGUACCCACAAGUAGCCGGCCGUCAACCUUGACUGUCCCCCGCACAAAAAAUAGAUGCGUUGCCACCUGCCACUCCUAUUCAUUCAUUCAUUCCACCGAUUUCUAGGGUUGGACUGAACAGUUGAAAAACCCCUUAUCUAUUCUUUCCCACUGAUUCAGUGAAUCCCACCAGCAAGUGGAUAAGUCAAACAGCGUCUUUCCAAUUCCCAAUUCCACCGAUUUCUAGGGUUGGACUGAACAGUUGAAAAACUCCUUAUCUAUUCUCUCCCAUUGAUUCAGUGGAUCCCACCAGCAAGUGGAUAAGUCUUUCCAAUUCCCAAUCCCACCCACAGUAUCAAAUCAAUGCACAUCUCCUUGACUUGAUUAUUCUAAGUAAAAUCUCAAGCACACAGUCGGACAUUUUGUAAGACCAGACCCCCUCUCCCCGCUGCUCUUGCUCAUCAUCAAACUCUCUUUGCUCUAUUGUCGCCCAUACUCCAAAUACUUUAUAUAUAUAGGACAUAGCCUAUAGGGUCCAUGAUCCCCGGUUCAGUCACUCCACCACACCAGCCUGAGUGACCUCCCGACUUUGAACAUUUUAAGAGGAUAAUGGCCUUAUUCCCUUCUCCUUCUCUGUUGCUGCUGCUUCUCUUCUUCCACUUCUUACGCGGCAAUGCUGCCAAAUGCCACCCGGACGAUGAAGCCGGCUUACUAGGUUUCAAGUCGGGUAUAACGGAAGACCCAUCGGGUAUUCUCACUUCGUGGAAAGCUGGUACCGACUGCUGCACAUGGAAUGGCAUCACUUGCCUGGUUGGCAACCGGGUCACUGCUCUAUCCUUGUACGCUCAGACCGACAACCCCAACAGUUAUCUCACCGGUUCCAUCUCCCCCUCGUUGUCCAAGCUCCGUUACUUGGACGGGAUUUACUUUCACAAUCUCCAAAAUAUCACCGGCUUGUUUCCCAAACUGCUUUUCAACCUCCCUAGACUCCUCUUCGUCUACAUCGAAAACUGCAAGCUUUACGGUCGACUCCCAGCCAAUAUCGACCGUCUUUCUCAACUCGACGCUCUGAGUCUCGAGGGGAAUCUGUUCUCUGGUCCGAUUCCGGCUUCCAUAUCCAAACUCACCCACUUAACUCAGCUCAAUCUUGGGGGUAACCUUUUUUCUGGCCAGAUACCACUUGGGAUCAGCCAACUCAAGAACUUGACCAUGCUGCGUCUCGACCGAAGUCUUCUCCUUGGAAAAAUCCCAGAUUUCUUCUCAUCUUUCCCUGUCCUUGCAAUCCUAAGCCUAUCCUACAACGGAUUUUCCGGCGAAAUCCCACCGUCUAUUUCUGCUCUCGCACCUCAACUCAUCUACCUUGAACUGGAUCACAACAAACUCACCGGAAAGAUUCCAGAUUUCCUUGGAAGGUUCAAAGCGCUGGACACGCUUAAUCUUUCCUGGAACGGUUUCUCGGGUGUUGUGCCGAAGAGCUUCAGUAAUCUCACCAAGAUCUUCAAUCUCGACCUAUCUCACAAUGAUCUUGUCGACCCUUUCCCAGAAAUGUACGUUAAAGGAAUUGAGUCGCUCGAUCUCUCCUACAACCAUUUCCAUUUAGGCAAAAUACCGACAUGGGUAACUUCGUCUUCCAUUAUCUACUCGCUCAAGCUCGCAGGGUGUGGGCUUAAGUUCAAAUUAGACGAUUGGAAGCCGUCGCAGACUUAUUUCUACGACUACAUUGAUAUUUCCGACAAUGAAAUCUCCGGCAGUCCUGUUGGAUUGCUAAACAGCACCGAUUACUUGGUUGGCUUUUGGGCUGCAAGGAAUCAGUUAAAGUUUAAUAUGGAGAACUUGAUAUUUCCCAAGGAGCAAACGCUAAAAUACUUGGAUUUAUCUCGAAAUCUGAUAUCUGGAAAGAUACCCAGUAGCGUUUCUGGGUUGCAGAAGCUGAACGUCAGCUACAACCAUCUCUGCGGUCAAAUUCCAGCGUCGAAGUUCUCGGCUGAGGCCUUUUUUGGGAACGACUGUCUAUGUGGUUCUCCCCUUCCUGCAUGCAAAAUCUAGUCAGCAUACUGGUAUAAUUUUUGUCACUCGGGAUUUCCUAUUACGGUGCUGUAAUUUUGUGGGAAAUCUUGCCGCCGGCGUUGUCAAUUCCUUGCAGCCGGCAAUGUAUUUAGUGAAGUUAUAAGUAAGCCAGUAGAUGUCAGCAGCUGAAAUGCUGAAUAAAUUAAAGAUGUAGUAGUAGUAUUCAGAAUCAUACUUCAUACACAUCCAAUCGACUAAUUAUGUGGCUCAAGUUAUUGUUGCCCACGUAUCAGUUUCA